AUGGAAGUUGCAAAAUAUCCUGUAGGACUUGAUGAUCUGGUGGAGGAUUUUGAAAGGCAGACUGCAGGGAAAGGAAAUAUCGUUGGAAUCUUUGCAAUGGGGGGUUCUGGAAAAACAACCCUAGCCAAAGAAUUGUUUAACCGCAAAAGACGGAGUUACCAUGGAUCAAGUUUUGUUUUUGAUGUGAGAGAAGCAUCUGCUAAAGAUGAAUUAACUUGUCUCCAAAGUCAGCUCCUCAGAGACCUCUUCCUUGAAGAUCACAAAUUUAUGAGUAAAAGUGAAGGGUCGUCCCAUCUUAAGGAGCGAAUGGGGAGAUCUAGUAAUCAAUUCCUCAUUGUUCUCGAUGAUGUUGAUGACCGGCAGCAGCUAGAUGCUCUCUUGUUCAGAGAUGUACUCGAUUGUGGUAGUCUGGUCAUUGUCACAACUCGUGACGAGAGUGUGUUAACAAAAGCCGGAAUUACUAGUCAUUAUAAGUUGAAAGAAAUGAAGAGAUGUCAUGCAAAAGAGCUCUUCUGUAGGCAUGCCUUAGGACAGGCAAAACCGCCCAGUGGAUAUGAGAAGUUAGUUAAUGACUUUGUAGAGUGCUGUGGAGGUUUGCCUCUGGCUAUACAAGUGUCUGCAGCGAAUCUUUCUAGCACUGUUGAUGUCAAUAUUUGGCAGUCAGAGUUGCAGAAAUUCAAGAGUAGUCUGAAUCUGGAAAUAAAGACCAAACUUGGAAUAAGUUUAGGCAGGCUAGACCGAGAACAAAAACAAAUUUUUAUGGACAUUGCAUGUUUUUUCAUUGGCAAAUGGGUGAGUAUGGGCAUAAGGAUAUGGAAGGGAUCAGGAUGGAACGCAGAGCACACAGUUCAGAGUCUCAAAGAUAAAUGUCUUCUUGAAAUAAGAAGGAAACCCACGUGGGUUGUUGGGAACCGUAGGUGUGGAUUUCCUUAUGAUGGUCCGUUUGUUUUUAAAAUGCAUGAUCUCCUUCGAGAUCUAGGCAGAGAAAUGGCGAGAGAAAUGAAUGUGCAGGCCUCUCCCCUUCGACUGUGGCGCCCUCAAGACCUUAAACUUUUGGAAGAGAAAGGAUUAAAAAAUGUCCUCACUGAAAGCAAAGACAAGAAAACUAGGUGUUUCAAUUCUGUUUUUGAUUUGUCAUUGGAUUGCCGAAUUACAUAUUUCUUAGGAAACUCAGAUGAUCGUGAUCUGACGUUGACUGAUUUGCUAUGGAUUGAGCUUCGACUCAAUAGGCAUGAAUGGACAAACAUCCCUUCAUGGAUUCCUCUGGAAAACUUGCAGUGUUUAAGAAUCAUCGGAGGACAUCUACAGAGAUUGUGGCAGAAAGAUGGCCAGGCCCCUUCCCAGUUGAAAGAGCUGCUGCUUUAUCGAACCUGGUCAGCAGAGUUUCCAAAUGAACUAAGAAUGCUCCAUAAUUUGGAAAAACUAGUCCUACAAGGAAGCUUCACUAAUAUGCCCAUCGUUGAUGGGAGGUCCUUGUCAGAAUCGCUUGGAGAACUCGGUAAUCUUAGAAAUUUAGUUUUAUUUAAUUGCAAACUAAAUGGGGACCUGAUUUUGAGCAGCAGUGGAUAUUCGGAGAGUGAGUGUACCAGUACAGCCAUAUGCACAAAGCUUAAAAGCGUAGGCAUUCAAGAUGGAAAUUUGGCAUCCAAGGUCUCAGUUGGUGGAGAAUAUUGGCCCAGCCUUAAAUAUCUUGUCCUUGAUUCCGUGAAAAAUUUAAAAGCAGUGCAUUUAUGGCUUGCAAAACCAUUGGAUCAUCUAAAGUUCAAAAAUUGUAAGCAAUUGAAAAGUGUAUCAGGGAACUUGGACCAGGGAAAGCUUACACAAUUGAUUAUAAGCAAUUGUUCACGGCUUCAAAAGUUACCAACACAACUUGUGAGUUGA